UGCACAACGAGAUGGUGGCGGGGCUGUACCGCGCCGCCGAGCAGGGCGAGGGGGAGAACGGGCGCUGCACCACCAAGCUGGAGAGCAUGGGCUUCCGCGUCGGGCAGGGGCUGAUCGAGAGGUUUACAAAAGAUACUGCCAGAUUCAAGGAUGAAUUAGAUAUUAUGAAGUUCAUUUGCAAAGAUUUUUGGACAACUGUAUUCAAAAAACAAAUAGAUAACCUAAGGACUAAUCAUCAGGGUAUUUACGUCCUUCAAGACAAUAAAUUUCGUCUCUUGACACAAAUGUCUGCAGGAAAGCAGUAUUUAGAACAUGCACCAAAGUAUUUAGCAUUUACCUGUGGACUAAUCAGAGGAGGCCUAUCGAAUUUGGGAAUAAAGAGUAUUGUAACAGCUGAAGUUUCAUCAAUGCCUGCAUGUAAAUUUCAGGUGAUGAUACAGAAGAUGUAGAGCACAUUCAAAUCUGGGUAUCUACCUUAACAAUCCUUUGUGUGUGGGCUCAGUAUCUUGGUUCAGCUUUGUAUGUAGCUUGUAAAUUACAGCAGUGUGCAGCACAAUUCCAAAAUGUAUAAUAAAUGUUCAUCAAAACAACACUA